UUGCCUUUGAGAUUUUUUCCUCUUUACUUUUCCUGGCCCCUCCGCUCGUCGAGAAUGACGGCAACAGAGGAGCAUAGACGAAAGCGAAAACAACCAGUAAAGGAUGACGCGACUGAUGGCGUGUUCCACAAGGCCGUAGAUAUGGUCAUGCACAGCGAUGAGGAGGGCGGAAGUAUUGCUUCAGAUACUGACGACGCCGUUGACGAGUUUCCCGGGAUAGAUGUACACAGUGACACGGACGAGGAUGAUUCUGACUUUGAGGAUGAUGACGAGGCCGACGAAGCCGAGGAGGUCCUACAAAGUUCAGAUGAGGAUAACCAUAUCUUCCCCAAAGCAAAAACCAUCAUAUCAGACAUUACUGGUCAACCCAAGCGAGUCUACCCAGAGAUUGAGCCUGAGUAUGAUUCCGACUCGUCUACGGAAGACGCACCCAAUCGUGUCGGUAACGUCCCAAUGCAUUGGUACGAUGACCUUCCACAUGUUGGAUACGACAUUGAUGGGAAGAAGGUGCUACGUCCUGCGCGUGGGGACGAGUUAGACAAGUUCUUACUCACUGUAGAAGAUCUUUCUUCUUGGACUUCCGCGUUUGAUAAAAACACCCAAAUGGACAAGCCUCUAACAACAGAAGAACUCGACAUCAUUCGGAGGCUGCAUGCAAACGAAGUCCCUGACGCAGAAUAUGAUCCCUACGAACCAAUGACAGAAUGGUUUACCGGGAAGGGGAAAGAAGAAAUCAUGCCUCUAUCUGCCGCCCCCGAACCCAAGCGUAGAUGGAUACCUAGUAAAUGGGAAAAGCAAAAAGUGAUGAAAAUCGUGCGUGCAAUACGGCAGGGACGUAUCGUCCCCUCAAAACCGAAAGCUACGGCUCAGCAACAGUUCUACCCCAUCUGGUCCGAGGCCUCCACAUCGCAUGCACCACCACUUCCAGCUCCAAAACCAAAACUACCUACAAAUUCUGAAUCAUAUAAUCCUCCAGAAGAGUAUCUCCCAACCGAGGCCGAGCGCAAGGACUGGGAGAGUAUGGACUUCGAGGAUCGAGAAAGAGAUUAUCUUCCACAGAAGUACUCUGCCUUGCGACUUGUACCAGGAUACGACCGCUUCAUCAAGGAGAGAUUCAAUAGGCAGUUGGAUCUCUAUCUGGCUCCUCGCGUUCAGAGGGUAAAACUUAACAUCGAUCCCCAGUCUUUAAUUCCGAAACUCCCUAGUCCCAGCAGUCUCAGGCCUUUCCCGAUCUAUAAGUCCUUGACAUUUUUGCAUAAUGACAGCUUGGCGAGAUGCCUCAGUGUUAGUCCGGACGGUGCAUGGGUGAUAAGUGGAGAUGACAACGGCGUUGUCUGUCUGUGGGAGGUCACUGUGGGGCGAGAAGUCAAACGCUGGAAGUUCUCUUCUAAGGUUGGCGCAGUGGAAUGGUGCCCAAGGACCGAUGUCAGUUAUUUUGUCGUCGGCAUCGAGGAGACUAUUCAUUUUGUUAUCCCACCCAAUCUUUCGCCUUCUGUGUACAAUUUGACAUAUAAGUUGCUGGCGCCGGCAACAUUACCUUCCCCUCCCGAUGUCCCCUCUGCCGUAAAAUGGACGACAGCACCGUCGAGCUCAUGGUCGAUAAAUCUUCCGAUUCUCACAGUGCAGCUUCCGCAAACGUCCGGUUUACCUAAACAACUCGUGUGGCAUCGGAGAGGAGAUUAUAUCGCAUCAGUUUCCAGCGGAAGUAAUCUUGGAGGCGUUUGGAUUCACCAAGUGACUCGGCGGCAUUCCCAAGCUCCUUUCAAAAAAAUUAGAGGAAGCGUACAGCUGGUCUUGUUUCAUCCUCUGAAGCCUCACUUCUUCGUCGCUACACAACAAUACAUUCGGAUAUAUAACCUUUCCGAACAAUUGUUAUUGAAGACGCUUGUUCCAGGUAUCAAAUGGAUAUCUUCCAUGGACGUGCAUCCUUCUGGUGAUCAUGUCAUAAUUGGAGGAUAUGACCGAAAGUUGUGCUGGUUCGAUCUCGAGCUGAGUGACAAGCCAUACAAAGUACUACGAUAUCAUACGCGGGCCAUUCGCUCAUUGCACUUCCAUCCCGCAUACCCUUUAUUCGCUUCGGCGUCGGACGACGGGACUAUACAGAUCUUCCACGCAAGAGUUUACAAUGACUUGAUGACAGAUCCACUCAUUGUUCCUCUCAAGAUUCUACGGGGGCAUCAGGUGAAGGAUGGGCUAGGUGCUCUGCAAGUGAAAUGGUGCAAUCACCAUCCAUGGCUUCUCAGCGGAGGCGCUGAUGGUGCCAUCAACAUGUGGUGCAGCUGAUGUGGGACUUAGGGCAUAGACUAUUUGCGAUACAUUCCAUCAUCAUGUUUCUCAAUUGUCCUUUCUACGAGAAGUCGGAUGUUUAGACUUCUUUUCUGAAAAUAUAAGCAGUAAGUGGGCGG